AUGGCUAAAUCUCAAACUCCACUAUCCAUGGAGGUCCGCCUUGAUCCACGAUACGAUGCCAUAAAAGACGCCAUUGGCAAGAUCACUCAAUUUCUCUCCCUAUCCUUAGAAGAAGCGGUUGACCCUCCAAAGCCAAACGAGCUUGAAUUAGCUUUUACCGUAUUGAGAGGAAUGGGUGAUUCCAAAAUCUUUCCUGGACUUGGUUUAGAAGAGACGACCACUGCCAAGCGAUCUCAACAACUUGCACAAAAAUACAUGAAGUGUGCUCACGACGCCCUCGAACUGGAAAAAAACAGUGCCGAAAGGGGAACGACCCUCCAAUCCAUUAGGGCGCAUCUCGUUGCUAACACAACGCGCUUCAAGGAUCUGUCCUGUCAAUACGAAGCUCCAUCUCAUCAGUGCGCAACUCGUGAAGAAGAAAUUCUGUCAGAUAAAUUCAAAAUUGCUGCGAUGAAGGCCGUAUUGAACAAACUCGAGAAAGAUGUGCAUGCCAAGAAAGAAGAACUGGUUGAAGAUGUCUCCCAACGCACAACGAUUCAGGCCUCCAUUACUGCUCUCACUGUUGAAACUCAAUGA